GCGUGGCGCCGGGCCGCGGCUUCCGCAAACAGAACGGUGGAUGGCUGUGUGAUGACAGAUCAUGAUGCACCUGUUUGUUCUAGUGCCCAGCACACAAUUUGGAAAACAAGACUGUAAAGUGUUGGUUUAACAAUUCAAGUAAUCCAAAAUGGAAAAGUCUGCAAAUGCAGAGGAGUAUAAAAAGAUGUCUCUUGAACAGGCAAAAUCUUCAGUAAAUUCUGAAUCAGAGUCUUCAUUCAGUAUUAGUGAAAAUACAACAGCUUCUGGGACUGGACUUUCUGAAAAGACUCCUGUUUGUAAGGAAGUAGGCACACCAAAAAGCAGGAAAGAGUUUGAAGAUGAUGACCUUGUAAAGGGAAGUUCCAGUUGUGGGGAAGACACUCUGUCCAAGAAAACGAAACUUGAUGCUGAAAUCGUCCCAGAGCAAAAAGGUGCAGGUGAUGAUAAAGGCAUUUCAAAGAAAAGAAAAAGAGAAAGUGAUGAUGUUCCAAAAGAUGAACCUUCUACUGGAGAUGGCACUCAAAAAAAGAGAAAAAUAGAACUUGAGGAUGUUCCUGAAAAGCAGAAAAGCCUGGAAGAAGGACAUAGUUCAGCAGUAGCUGCUCACUACAAUGAGCUUCAGGAAGUUGGUUUGGAGAAACGUAGUCAAAGUCGUAUUUUUUACCUAAGAAACUUUAAUAAUUGGAUGAAAAGUGUUCUCAUUGGGGAAUUUUUAGAAAAGGUGCGACAGAAAAAAACCCGUGAUAUCACUGUUUUGGACCUGGGAUGUGGUAAAGGUGGAGAUUUGCUCAAGUGGAAAAAGGGUAGAAUUAACAAGCUAGUUUGUACCGAUAUUGCUGAUGUAUCUAUCAAACAGUGUCAGCAGCGGUAUGAGGACAUGAAAAAUCGUCGUAAUAACGAAUAUAUUUUCAGUGCAGAAUUUAUAACUGCUGACUGCUCAAAGGAACUUUUGGUUGACAAACUUCGUGACCCAGGAAUGUGCUUUGACAUUUGCAGUUGUCAGUUUGUCUGUCAUUACUCAUUUGAGUCCUAUGAGCAGGCUGACAUGAUGCUCAAAAAUGCCUGUGAGAGGCUUAACCCUGGGGGCUAUUUUAUUGGUACCACUCCCAAUAGCUUCGAACUGAUAAGACGCCUUGAAGCCUCAGAAACGGAAUCAUUUGGAAAUGAAAUAUAUACUGUGAAAUUUCAGAAGAAAGGAGAUUAUCCUUUAUUUGGCUGCAAAUAUGACUUCAACUUGGAAGGUGUUGUGGAUGUCCCUGAAUUCUUGGUCUAUUUUCCAUUGCUAAUUGAAAUGGCAAAGAAGUACAAUAUGACACUAAUCUACAAAAAAACUUUUCUGGAAUUCUAUGAAGAAAAGAUUAAGAACAAUGAAAAUAAAAUCCUGUUAAAACGAAUGCAGGCUCUGGAGCCAUAUCCUGCAAAUGAGACUUCUAAACUUGCCUCUGAGAAGGUGAAUGACUAUGAACAUGCAGAAAAGUACAUGAAGAACAGUCAAGCGAGGCUACCUUUGGGAACUCUAAGUAAAUCAGAAUGGGAAGCUACAAGUAUUUACUUGGUUUUUGCCUUUGAGAAGCAGCAGUGAGCACACAGGCAGUAGUCCCAGAGGAGCUGUGCUCUGACGUGCACAGAUUUGAACAUCUAUUUCAGAUACCUUUGACAGCACUCUUGUUUACUUUAAUUCUAAAUGUACAGGAUGCUGCCAGAAACUCCACUGUAUAAAUUCAACAUUGCUGUCUGUGAUAGAUGAACUUUUGUGUGUGUAUAUAAAAAUGAGUUUGGGAAUCUUUGUCUUUAAAAUCUAUUUUCAAGUAAUGUCUAAGAAUUCCAUUUGCCUCUACUCUCUUAGCUCUUAAAAAUUAUGACUUCUAAAAGCAACUGAACUC